GGCGCCAGGAGGAGCCGCGCGCUGCUGGUGCUGCUGCCGCCCCCGUCUCCGUCGCCGCUGCUGUCGGUCGGGCUGCGCUCAGUUCUUCAGCGCUCAGUUCCCUCGGACCCAUCGCCGCUUCUAGACCUUGCCGCGGGUUCGGAUCUUGCCGGGAAAAUGUCUGAUGAAUUUUCGUUGGCAGAUGCGCUACCUGAACACUCCCCUGGCAAAACCUCUGCUGUGAGCAAUACAAAAUCCGGCCAACCUCCUCAAGGCUGGCCAGGUUCCAACCCUUGGAAUAACCCAAGUGCUCCACCUUCUGUGCCAUCUGGACUCCCACCAAGUGCAACACCCUCCACUGUGCCUUUUGGACCAGCACCAACAGGAAUGUAUCCCUCUGUGCCUCCCACCGGACCACCUCCAGGACCCCCUGCACCCUUUCCUCCUUCUGGACCAUCAUGCCCCCCACCUGGUGGUCCUUAUCCAGCCCCAACUGUGCCAGGCCCUGGCCCCACAGGGCCAUAUCCUACACCAAAUAUGCCCUUUCCAGAGCUUCCGAGACCCUAUGGUGCACCCACAGAUCCAGCUGCAGCUGGUCCUUUAGGUCCAUGGGGAUCCAUGUCUUCUGGACCUUGGGCACCAGGAAUGGGAGGGCAGUAUCCUACCCCUAAUAUGCCAUAUCCAUCUCCAGGGCCGUAUCCCGCUCCUCCUCCUCCCCAAGCACCAGGGGCUGCACCACCUGUUCCUUGGGGCACUGUUCCACCAGGAGCCUGGGGACCACCAGCACCAUAUCCUGCCCCUGCAGGAUCAUAUCCCACACCAGGACUCUAUCCCAGUCCCAAUAAUCCUUUUCAAGUGCCUUCAGGACCUUCCGGUGCUCCACCGAUGCCCGGUGGCCCCCAUUCUUACCAUUAAGUUAACAAUGGAUGAAGAGAUGACGCUUUGCUUUUUGAAGUACAUAUAUAUAUAUGCACUUGAAUGCAUAUAUAAAAAUUGCUGUUUCACUAUUCUUAGAGGGCAUUCAUGAAAGAACAACUCUUGCACCUCUCAGAAGAUAUCUGCCUCUUGUGCUUGGAUGUAUAGUACAUCUGAUGGAAACAAUCAGAUAAAAAUGUAAAAGUAAAUCAUUCAAAUGUGAUUUUUAUUCGGUUUUUAUGGAAAGUUAAAGUAAUUAAGUAUAUUGAAUAGCUCUUUGAUACAAUUUGUUUAAAACAAAUUUUCGAUUUGUUUAAAUUAUGAAACUAAAUACUUAUAUUAUCACUUUUUCCCCUAAAUAAACACACUUUGAAAACAA